GAGUAGAUCAAAUUUUUGGCCAAAAUCUUGGAAACGUUUUUAUAUAGAACUUUCAUAUUUUCGUGGAUAUACUAUGCUUUAUCCUAAUUAUAUAAAUGCUACAAGUUUUUCUACUAAUUAUGCUGAGAAUGGUGUUCAUUUUCAUUAUAAAGGAAAAGCAAAAAAUCAAUGGCUUGUUCCAUUAAUGAAAGAAGAUAUUAUAUUAGAAGGUUUACCUGGUGGUCAUUUACCAAAUUUUGAAGAUUUACCGACUAUGGAUCUUUGGGGAAAAGUUAUAUCUCAAAAAAAUUUAAUUCAAAGAGGACGUAAUUAUCAUAAAAAAAUUUCAAAAUGUCCUCCAAAUAAUGAAUUAACUUACGACCCUCGAGAUAUAUUAUGUAAGAAUGAUUAUUCACGCUCCUUCAAUAAUAAAAAUACAAAAAAAUUAAAAGAAGAAAAAGAUAAAAUAACACCUUCUAUUGAGAAUAAUAUAACUUCCAUUGAUGACAACAAGAUUAAUAUUGAUGACAAAGAGGAUAACAAUGAAUUCCAUGAUGAUAAAGAGAAUUAA